AUGGUGGUUCGAAUGCGACAAAACACGCCAACAAAAGCUGCUGAUCCUUCUAUUGGAAAUGAAAGUGACAUACUGGAAGCAAGUACCAGCAUGACCCCUACCCAUAGCAUGGAAUCAUCAAGUUCAAGAAAGAAAUCUUCAAAUAGAUGGAGAUUUCAAGCUGCAAUUUGGUGGUUUCUUUUGGUCUCGGGUAUACUCGGAAACCUGAUGCUAUGGCGCCGAUCUCUUGGAUUUGAUGCAACAUCGUCUCUUGUCGUUUCCUUGGCCCGCCUCCUUGGAAGUGAUUCUUGGGCUUCUUCUUCUUCGAUGGGUGCAACUAUAUCCCUGGCGGAUCCCAAUCAUUUUGCCGAGUUUACAAGUGGGAAAUCUGGGUCGCCUGGUGUUGAAUCUGACCUUCCGGCAACAGACAACCAGAACGACGUGAUCGGGGACGACAUUUCGAUCAAGAAGUCCUUUUCAUUCUGCCUAAUCCUCAAAGAUGACAAUGAUAUUCUCAAUGAAUGGAUCGCCUAUCACUAUUAUACCCUGCAUAUGCGUAACUUGAUUGUGACCAUUGACCCCUCAUCUAUGACCACCCCGGAACCUUUGCUGAAAGUCUGGAAAGAAGAGUUUGGUUUGGACUAUGAAAUAUGGAACGAUUCCAAUUUUACCGAGCCAUGGUUUUAUAUCGACAAAGACUACGAUAAGAUUCCCCAACAGGUCAAGUGGGAAGAUAAGGAUGCCGCCAAAUGGCAAGAAGAAGGUGCCGAUGUCACGUAUGCACAACGAAUGAAAGAUAUCCGAGACAUUACCGUCCAUCGGUAUCGACAAAAGCGCUUCUUGCAUCGAUGUGAACAGUAUCUACAAGAAGAGGGAUACAGCUGGAUGACACACAUUGAUACGGACGAAUACAUUGUCGUGAGUCCUGCGCUGCGAAAACGAAAACGAUCGAAGUUAAAAAAGGUGGUGCUGAACGAAUCAGAUACAAUGUACCACUUUUUGCAACAAGCCAAGACCAACGAACUUGUCAAUUACCCGUGCAUCUCGUUGCCCCGCGUCUUGUAUGGAUCAGUGGAAGACCCUGACUCUCCCCCAACAUCCUACGAAGCCAAGCAAAUGGAAAGUCUUCGAUGGAAGUAUCGAACACGCUACGACAAUGAUGCGCUGAACAAGCAACCAAAAGUCAUUAUGGAUGUCUCGGGAUUCCCUCCAAUUGAAGAAUACGUUCACUAUCAAAAGACAUUUAGCAUUCAUCGACCGGAUUUUGGCUUGUGUCGAGCUCAGGGACAAAUGAACAUCAAAGACUGGCAACGCUAUCCACUUACAAUCAAUCACUAUUUGGGAUCUUUGGAACGAUACAUGGCACGAAAUGACACUCGACGUACGCAAACGCAAUACAAUCAAAAAGCAAACGUCCAAGAUGGCAAAGAUGGUUAUUGGAUCGAUCCAUGGUGGUCUGGAUUUCUAAAGCAAUUUGGGAAAGAUAAGGUUGCCAAAGUCAUGGGACGAUAUAUGGAUCCAAGCGAGUAUGGAGCUGAAGUGAAGGCAGACAUCAUUCAAAAGGAGCAGCAAGCUUACACGCCACCUAACUUUGACAAUCCAGAGGAAGACUCUUCCCAGCCAGAAGGAACUCUGACCGAUAAGCAAUCCGAUGGUGUUCGUUUGAAACCCCCAAAGCUUGGAAUCUCACUUCCACUAGAGCAAGAUAGCUUCUCGGUCUGCAUGCUAAUGAAGGAUGACAAUGACAUCUUGAACGAGUGGAUAGCCUAUCAUUAUCAUACCCUCAAACUGAGGUACAUUGUGGUUGCGACAGAUCCUUCCAGUAAUACCAACCCUUCUGUGAUACUGGAUCGAUGGAGAGAUCGGAUUGAAAUUGAGGAAUGGACUGAUGCUUCGUACAUGCCAGACUACUUUGUUCAGGGCGAUUAUGGGAGUGUACCAAAUAUGCUUGGAUUGGGCAAUAGCAGUACGGCACGGAACACAAUGAACUUGACAGAAGCCCUGGAAUUCCACGGUGUGUCGGAUCCUAAAGAGAGAGAAGAGCAAACACAAGUUAACAACCAUCGAUUCCGUCAAAUGAACUUUUUUGAAAGCUGCAUCAAAGACCUGAUGCAAAAGAACAAGACAUGGAUGGCCCAUAUCGAUACGGAUGAGUACAUUUCUUUGAGUCAUUUAGUCAAACCCCAAUCGCAAUGGCGUACUCUGUCAGUUCCUUUGCUCGAGACGCCUGGAUCCUUGUUGGAUUUUCUGAAAAAGGCUGUCACCAAUCAUACGAGUGGAAUGAGCUACCCAUGCAUAUCCAUGCCAAGACUGCUGUAUGGGUCAAAGCAAAAAGAUUUUCCAACAGCAACCGCAAUCCAUGAUACAUUUGACAGUUCCAAGUUUGAAACUCUCAAGUGGAAGUAUCAUUCCGAUUACGACAAUGCCUUCGAAGUGAACGGGCGACCCAAGGUCAUCUUGGAUUUGUCAGGGAUCCCACCAAGGUCCAAGUUCCUGGAACAUACCGUCUGGAGCAUUCAUCGUCCGGGAUUGCGCAUGUGCCGACCCGACCGAGAAGUUCGGUUUGACGACAAACCUCGGUUUCCAUUGAUCGUACAACACUAUUUGGGCUCAUGGGAACGGUACAACCACCGAAGUGAUGCCCGAAGAAGUCGGGAGAAAUACGAUGCCAAAAACGACGAGACAACAAUAGAAGACAACGACUGGAUUGACGGUUGGGUGGAACACUUUGCCAACGCUGAAGGAAUUGAAAAUGCCAAGCGCCUAUUGGCAGAGUACGUGAUCUAA